UCCUGGGGGAUUGAAACUCAGGAAAGCUAUUUUUAAUGCUAGAAAAGGGAAAGAAGUGGGCUGCACAAAGCCACUGGUCUAGCUAGCUGCCUCUGAACUGCAGCUGCCCUAGCUCUGCGUGCUACGGCUUCAGUCAGUGAAGGUAGUUGUCUGCAGAGAUGCUGGGAUGGAGGCUGCAGUGACUGAAGGGCUCAUUGCAGUAUUUUGGUGAUAUUUGUGAAGAUGCAGCCAGACAUUAAGAGAGAAAUGCAGCCACAGUGAGUAAGGUACAAGGAAAAGCCUUUUCACCUGGCUGCCUUUGAAGAAGUACUCAGACUGCCAUGGCCUCGAAAGAUUCCCAGAACCAAAACCCUAGAAGUCUGCCUGGGUUUCUUCCUCGAGCUACAAACCCAGAUCAAAACUCUCAGGAGGCUUCUUCCAAUCCCAGGAAACAGGCAAGGCAGCAGCCGGGUGUCUCUCAGCCAAGCAGUUUCCUGCCAACAGCCACUCUCCCUCCUGGUCUAGAGUAUUUAAGCCAGCUGGACCUGAUAAUCAUCCAUCAGCAGGUGGAACUUCUUGGGAUGAUCCUCGGCACUGAGACCUCCAACAAAUAUGAGAUCAAAAACAGCUUGGGACAAAGAAUUUACUUUGCGGUGGAAGAAAGCAUCUGUUUUAAUCGUAAUGUGUGUUCCACGCUGCGAGCCUGCACCCUGAGGAUCACAGACAACUCGGGUCGAGAGGUGAUUACAGUGAACAGGCCCCUAAGGUGUAACAGCUGUUGGUGCCCCUGCUACCUACAAGAGCUAGAAAUCCAAGCCCCUCCUGGUACUAUAGUUGGUUAUGUUGCACAGAAGUGGGGCCCUUUUCAGCCCAAAUUCACAAUUCAAAAUGCAAACAAAGAAGAUAUUUUGAAAAUCAUUGGUCCCUGCACAACCUGUGGCUGUUUUGGCGAUGUGGAUUUUGAGGUGAAAACUGUUGAUGAGAAGGUUACAAUUGGGAAGAUCUCCAAGUACUGGUCGGGAUUUGUCAAUGACGUGUUCACAAACGCUGACAACUUUGGGAUCCAUGUUCCAGCAGAUCUCGACGUGACACUCAAAGCAGCGAUGAUUGGUGCUUGCUUUCUCUUUGAUUUUAUGUUCUUUGAACAUUCACUUGCUGGAUUAUAACAAGCUCGAUGACGAAAACAAUAAAAUAUGCAAAACGCAUUUCGAUGUCCCUUGGGCUCUGAGUUUUAUUUCAGGAUGGUCUGAGUAUUUGAUUUUUGUAUAACUAAAUGUGAAUUAUUAUAUUUAUUAGAACACUGUUUAAUGAGACAAUUACCUGGUUUUGAAUGCAUGGUAGCUAAAUACGCAAUUACUAGUGUGAGUCCAAGGUUACUGUGAGAGAUUACCAUUCUCUCUUUAUUCUUUUGAAGUCACUGCAAUGGGAAGCAUGAAAGAUGAGAGCUAAGGCUUGCAGCAUCACUGAUGGGAAUUCAGUGUUUAGAGAACACUUUGAAGUGUUGCUGGUACUACGGGUGGUUGCUAAUCAAAAGACUUGAAUUUCUAAAAUAUCUUUUCAAAUGUAGCUCCUUUUGACUUUCUUAAUUUUAUUUCUUCUUUUUAAAUUCUCAUGUAUUCUUAACGAAUUAAAGAAUAAGCCUUAUUUUAUAACACACUUUUCAUAUUCUCUGAGAAACAAUCUGACAUUUCUGAGAUGAUUUUAAAUUUUCUUGUUGUAGUAAAUAUAUUUUACUUAUAUUGGGAAAGUUGGAGACUGGGUAAAUAAUAUGUGUAAGGAUCGGAGAAAAGAUGGAUACCUUCCAUUUGUUCAAGUAGCAGAGGCACAGUUAUAUUCCAUAAGGCAAUUAACUAAAGCACCAAGCAGAUUCAUGCCAGAAAUUUAAAUAGCCAUAUAGAUAGACGCUAAAUUAGUGAGAGCAGUCUGCUCUACCAGGAUUUUAUCUGACUACUAUGAAGUCUCUGCCAGUUAAGGGAUCUGAGACAUCAAAAUGACAAAUGGAAAACAAACGAAAGCAAAAGAGUCAGAACCUGAGUCCCUGAAGCAGUGCAGAUGUAAGAACACACAGUAAAUGGAAACACUUCAGAAUUAAUACCGUGCUGGCGAGCAUCCCUGAUUCCCACACCCCACUCUUCCAUACGCCUCCAAAGCUCUGUAGUCAGGCCCCUCCUCCUGAACAUUCCUAAACAGGGCUGAACUGGGGAAUCAAUGUUCAUAUACACAAACCUAUGGAGGACAUUCUCACCCAAACCACCACUUGAGUUCAAGGCCACACUGAGCUACAAAAUCAAGUCCCAUCUCAACCUCACCGCCACCCCCCAAUGAAAUUUCUUAAUUGUACUGAAGCUAGUGUUCAGUAGCUAAUCUUUAGUAAUUUUAUUAACGAUAUCCCACAUUGUUUUGCUGAUAUUUAUACUUUUGCAAAAAUCAGUCUUUGUUUGAUUAAAUAUGUUUAAAACUGGUUUUAAUUGUUACCCACAGAAAUGAUAAGAAAUCAACCAGAUCUCUCCAAGAAGGGCUAGAGUUUUGUAUUUCCAGACCCAGGAAGGAAAGUAAUUCAGUAUAAAUAAACAGAGCUGUUCGUUUAAACAUAGAGGAAAAGAGCUUAGCAAGAGAUAAGAGCAUUUACAAAAUAGAAUUCUUGCCAAUUCAAAAAGGAAAGCACAAAGUCUGUGAGUCAAACAUGCUUGGCAAGUCUGAUAAACACAGGACGACUGUGGCUGGAGUAUAAUCAUCAAGUGGAGGGACAAUGCCAAUAGGUUCUAACAGAGUAUUCUUUAUAACCCAUAAAACCUUGAAACGAAAAUCUAAAACCUUCCUAUGAUCCACCAGUGUUUCUCUAUGAAGAAGUUCUAACUGGUGCACUGAUACGUGCCGAUAAUCUUCGUACUAGGGAAACAGGAGAACCUGAAGUUUGGAGCAAAUGUAUGACAGAAAACUCAAGACAAUCAUCCAAUCAGUACCAUAAUCAUCAAAAUAGAUAGGGAGAUGCAAUCACAUUGUCGAAGGUAGUGGUAUAGUGAACACAGUACUCCCACAGUACUCCCUUAGCACAUGCAAGGAUCUGGAUUAUGAUCACUAGCACGAAGAUUGAAAAUAAAGUUAAAUAGAGUAAUGAGAAUAUUUGCUAGACAAUCUGAAAAGCUGGGUGACAGCUGCAACCACAUAUCAAGAGCUCACUAGAAUUCUGACUCCCUUGAGCCUCGGUACACAUGGAGAUUUUUAUAUUGGUAACUUUUACUACCCAAUUAACAAACUUUGAAUGUUUUCAUAAUCUGAACGAAUUACUACUUUUAUAUACUUAAUGUGCAUUGGCAUUUUUCCUAUAUGCAUAUUGUGUACCGCUUGAGUGCCUGGUUCCCAUGAAGGUCAGAAGAGACCAUCAGAUGCCCUGGAAUUGGAGCUAUGUACUGUUGUGAGUUGCCAUGUGAGUGCUUGGACUUGAAUUCAGUCAGGUCUUGAGGAAGAGCAGCUAGUGGAGACGUCUCUCCCAUCCAUCAACAUUUCUAUUCUCAAAAGUCCUGACAUUGUGUUUCUGUUAAAAUUAGAGAGGAUUGAAUUAUUGUUUAUAAUAUUUUGACUUUGCAAGUUACAUGUUUUCUUUUUUUCUUUCCAUAAAAUUUAAUUUUUGUUUUGUUUUGUGAGUCUUUCUUUUGUUUUAUUUUUUUAUUUGUUUGUUUGUUUUUAGGGAUCCAUGGGGAAGGACAAAGGCCAACUUUGGGAUGUUUCUUAUGAGCUGUCCAGUUUGUUUGUUUGAUGCAGGGUCUCUCACUGGCCUGGAGCACAUAAAUUAGAAUAAGCUUGUGGUCCAGGAUGCUCUAAGUACCCAACUCUCUCUGCUUCAUCAGCAACGGCACUUCAAUUGCCUUCCACUCUGCACAACUUUUAGUCUUUUUAUUUGUUUGUUUGUUUAUAUGGAGUG